CCUUCCUCCCGCUCGGGCUCGGAUUCCCAUUCCAUUCCAUUCCACCUGUACUGUACCCCGCCACCACCACCCACGGCCACGCUGCCCGCCCAAGCAAACGAAACGAAAGAGCGCGGCCGACCGACCGACCAGAGCUGAUCGACCGACCGAUCGCCUCCCUCUUGCUCAGUUGGUCCCCAUGGGGCGGCGGCUGAGCGCCUCCACCGCGGCGGUGGCGUCGGCGGAGCCGCUGCUCCCGCGGGCGCUGAAGCGCGGGGUGCUACUCGAGCGGUGCGCGUCGCGCGCCGACGACGAGCUGCAGUGGUUCCGCUCCUGCCUGCGGUGGGUGUGCAUGGACCACUCGUCGGGCCCAGCGCAGGCCGCGCUCUCCUGGCUCCUCUUCCUCGUCCUCGCCAUCAUCGUCCCGGCCGCCGCGCACUUCCUCCUCGCCUUCCGGGCCUCCCGCCGGCCCUUCUCCGCCGUCGUGCAGCUCUCGCUCUCGGCCGCCUCGGCGGCGGGGUUCCUCUGCCUCUCCUCCUCCUUCCGCCGCGUCGGGCUCCGCCGCCUGCUCCACCUCGACAAGCUCCGGGGCAAGAGCGACCGCGUCAGGCUCAACUACACCGCGCGCCUCGCCUUCUCCUUCCGCCUCCUGGCCUCCCUCGUCGCGCCCUGCUUCGCCGCCGAGGCCGCCUACAAGGCCUGGUGGUACGCCACCUCCGCCGACCGCGUCCCCUUCUUCGCCAACGACGUCCUCAGCGACGUCCUCGCGUGCUCCCUCGAGAUGGCGUCUUGGAUGUACCGCAGCGCCGUCUACCUCCUCACCUGCGUCCUCUUCCGGCUCAUCUGCCACCUCCAGGGGCUCAGGCUCGAGGACUUCGCCGGAUCGCUGCUCGAGGAGGUCGAGGAAGGACGGGCUGGGGUGGAGACCGUGCUCAGAGAGCACCUCGACAUCCGCAAGCAGCUCAAGGUCAUCAGCCAUCGCUUCCGCAAGUUCAUCGUCGCUGCUCUGCUCAUCGCCACCGCCAGCCAGUUCGCAUCCGUGCUUCUCACCACGCGACGCGACUCCGUCGACGACCUCCUCAACACCGGCGAGCUCGCGCUAUGUUCAGUUGUGCUCAUGUCCGGGCUCAUCAUAAUCCUGAGCAGCGCCGCCAAGAUCACCCACCAGGCGCAGGCCCUCACCGGCCACACCACCAAGUGGCACGCCUGUUGCACCAUCGAGCCCGUCCUGGAGGACGGGGAGCCCGGGUCCAACCAGAACUCCAUGAUCGAGCAAGAACCCGAGAGCGACAGCGACACAGAGUACAGCGAGGAGACCGGCGACGAAGAUCUCCUGGAGAACACCAAGAUUCAUAUGCCGCAUGCGCAUGUCAUCUCCUUCCAAAAGAGGCAGGCACUUGUGACAUACUUGGAGAACAACAGAGCCGGGAUCACCGUGUUCGGGUUCACGCUGGACCGGUCGUACCUGCAUACCAUCUUCAUGCUCGAGUGGACGCUGUUCCUGUGGCUGCUCGGUAAGACCAUCGGCUUCUCGUGAAAAAAAAAAAGAAAGACAAUGUAAAAGGAGAGGUGUGUCCUGUGUCCAACGUCCGGGACUCCGGGUGGUCGUUUCUGAGAGUUGACGCAUGUCGUGGUUGCCUUUUUUGGGGAUGGAUUUGGAUGUGCUUUGUCUUUCGGCCAUUUGUAGAAGGGGGUUAGGGGGGAGGCUUUUUCGCGUGAACCGGGCUGCUGGCACGGGAGCGUUCAGCUUGAGCAUGUACGCCUCAACGCCUGUGCAUGAUAGCGAUUUUGUAUGACGUGUGUAAAUUGUGAUCUGUGAAUCUGUGAUUGCCCGUGUCAACAGCCCUUUUGUAACUGUGUGUUGUACAGUCUCGUUAGUGGGCGUGCAUAUAGGCUCCGUGUGCGUCAUACAGCGUGGUGUACUGGUAUUGCAGGUUUUCGUAACCUCUUGUUGUAAGCCAACAACAUGCUGUAGAGAGAAUUUUAUACAUUUGUAAAGGUUCUUGGUUUCUUUUUUCUUUAUCUUUGGGAGUUAUGAAAUUAGUUCAAGA